ACUUCCUUUACAAAACAAUCACCGACACAUGUCACAUGGGACCCACUUGAUCAUCUGGGUUCAAAUUAGAAGACAAACUUAGACUUCAGUUAAGAAUAAACAAAGGGAACCCAAUAAGUUGUCCUAAACGACACGUGGCUAAUUAAGUUCCCUUUGUCCGCGUAACUUAUCAGUUCACAACACAGAAGAACAAAAAAAAGAAAACAAAAAAGCUUUGAAAAGAACUCUGAUGAUUCCCACACUCUGAAUUUAUAAGCAUUUGUAAAUGAAAAAGAGAUGCCCAUAAUUUAAAAAAUAAAUAAAUAAAUAAAGAGAAUAAAGUUUGGAAUAGAGAGAGAGAGAGAGAGGUGAAAUGUCAAUUCAAGAAGAGUUUUUAGGGCAUAGUCGGCUGCUGGAAAAUUUUGACGAGAAUCAUUCAAGUUCUUUUUUUUUUUUUUGCCCUUUAUUUUUUAUGGUGUAUAAAUUAUAGGGUUAUUGUUAUUCUUAUUUUCAUUUUUUUUUGUUGGAGUUAGAAUCAAACUGAACUGUUCAGUUCAGAAGGAGAAGGAGCUGAGUUUAAUAAUCUAUCCUAGAUUCAAAAUUUAAAAGUAAGGUGCCAAGAGAAUUUCCUAUCCGAGUGCUUGAAUGACUCGCUUAAAGACUCUAUUCGAUGAGGAUUCUGAAACCAAAGCUGAACAGCUGGGUCCUGUAUCAGGCAUCAAUGUAGAGAAUGUUGAAAGGCUUACUGAGAAGGCCUUCUCGAAUGGAGAUUUCUAUGUUGGUGGUUUUAAGGAAAUUCUUCCCAACGGCAAGGGAAAGUAUACAUGGUCAGAUGGAACAGUAUACGAGGGUGAUUGGGAAGCAGGGAAAAUGACAGGCAAAGGACUGUUACUUUGGCCGUCAGGAGCAAAAUAUUAUGGUGAUAUCUCAGGGGGUUAUCUUCAUGGUUCUGGCACGUUUACAGCAUCUGAUGGAUCCAUUUACGAAGGGCAAUGGAGGAUGAAUAUACAGCAUGGAUUUGGAAGAAAGAAGUAUUCCAAUUCAGAUGUUUAUGAAGGCGAUUGGAAGGAAGGAGUACAUGAAGGUAAUGGUAGAUAUUUUUGGAAUAAUGGAAACAAAUAUGCUGGGAAUUGGAAAUAUGGGAAAAUGCAUGGUAGAGGUGUUAUGGAAUGGGUAAAUGGUGAUCAAUACGAUGGCUGUUGGUUUAAUGGCUUCAGACAUGGCUAUGGAAUUUAUCAGUACGCAGAUGGGGGAUAUUAUUCUGGAACAUGGACCAGGGGCCUUAAGGAUGGAAAAGGAAUAUUCUAUCCUGCUGUAAGCAAGUGUCCUUUAAAGAAGAGUUGUAUCUAUGUGGGAUAUGAUAAUGGUCAUAAAAGUGUGUUAUCUCAAUGUUCGUCGUUAAAUUUGGAGGAAUGCAUGGACAAGAAACCAAGUGUUAAACGUAGCCUCUCUGAGAUAAUAUCAGUAAAUGGAGUUUUAAGAAGUUCACGUCGAAUGUCGCACAAGACCGCUGAAAAUUCUAGACUUUCUGAUUCUAGUACAGAAUUCAUAAUACGCAAUAAUUCCUCAGGCACAUUCUCCCUUGAUUCUGAUGCUGGUCAAAGCGAGAUGCAAGAAAACACCGCUGUAGUUUACGAGAGGGAAUACAUGCAAGGAGUUAUGAUUAAAGAGAGAAUAAGAGAUUACACUGAAUUAUCACUGCAAGCUGAAGGGCAAACAAAAUGUCAUGCCAAAGAAACAAAAAAGAGUACAUGUAUUGGCAUUAUCAAAAGCAAAAACAGCUAUCAUUUGAUGCUUGAUUUGCAACUUGGUAUAAGGUAUACUGUCGGCAAGAUAACACCAGUGCCUAAGCGAGAGGUUCGAACGGCUGAUUUUGGAGAUCGAGCUAGAAUUACUAUGUUCUUCCCUAAAAGGGGUUCACAGUUUACCCCUUCACACAAAUCUAUUGAUUUCUACUGGAUGGAUUAUUGUCCUAUGGUUUUCAGGAAUCUGAGGGAGAUGUUCAAGCUAGAUGCAGCAGAGUACAUGAUGUCCAUUUGUGGUGAUGAUGGUCUGACACAGAUUUCUUCUCCAGGGAAAAGUGGCAGUAUCUUCUAUCUAUCUCUUGACGAUAAGUUUGUGAUUAAGACAUUGAAAAGAUCUGAACUGAAGGUUUUACUUAAGAUGCUGCCCAAAUACUACAAUCAUGUAAAAGAGCAUGAAAAUACUCUCAUAACAAAAUUUUUUGGGCUCCACCGGAUAACUUUACCAGGCCGAAGAAAGGUGCGCUUUGUGGUUAUGGGGAAUAUGUUUUGCACAGAACUUCAAAUUCAUCGUCGUUAUGAUCUAAAGGGAUCAACACAUGGAAGAUGCACAGAUAAGAAUAAAAUUAAAGAAAAUACUACGUUGAAGGAUUGUGAUCUGUCAUAUGAAUUUCAUAUGGACAAAUCAUUGCGGAAAUUCCUUUUUCACCAAAUUGCCAUGGACUGCGAAUUCUUGAAAUCUCAACAGAUAAUUGAUUACAGCCUUCUACUGGGUUUACAUUUUAGAGCUCCUGAGCAACUAAACGGCCUCCUAGAAUCUCCCAUCAUGAUGCCCAAUAUUGAGAGCUCACCUGCUGGCCAAGGUCUGACCACAGAAGGAGAAGUGUUAUUUCCUUCAAAAGGCUUGCUGCUGCUGGCCCAUGAACCCAGCUCUGUUAACACUGAACCAGGUCCUCACAUCAGAGGAAGAGCGUUAAGAGCUUUCUCUCUGGGUGAUAAGGAAGUUGAUGUUUUGGUGCCCGGUACUGGCAGGUUACGGGUGCAAUUAGGAGUAAACAUGCCAGCACAGGCUAAACCCAAGCUUUCCCGGGCUGAGGCUGAUUCAGCUGAUUUUGAACAUCUUGAGGUGGUUCUCUUUAUGGGAAUAAUUGAUAUUUUACAGGAAUACAAUGCAAAGAAAAAGGCCGAGCAUGCAUGCAAAUCAGUGAAAUUUGACCCCUUGUCAAUAUCAGUCAUUGAACCCGAGCUGUAUGCUAAACGUUUCACCAAUUUCUUGCAACAAACGGUUUUCCCCGAUCAACCAUGAAUGAAAACGGUAAACUUUUACCAUUUCUACAUAUUUUCAUUUUGAUCCCUUCUUUUGUACUUUUUGUCUCACUUUGACACAAUUCUUUUUACAGUCACUUAUUGUAAAGUGACCACACUAUCUGUACCUGUUGUACUGGUUGGAUAGUGAUAUUGACAAAUCUAAUAGGUGCAAUAAAGUUUUUUUCUGAUAUACCUGUGGUUAAUGUUGUCUUGUAUAGUUCAAGUGCAUCUAUAAAAGUUAAUCUGAAAUUUAUUUAAUUAUUGUCUCUGAUGCUUUGGUAACUUUCCAUUAUAUGCAACCUACCUUGAUUGGCAUUCCUGAA